UUGAGCUUGUUUACAUUUCUGGCCGUAAACACUAAACACACGCUAUGAGUUUUAGAACUGUUUUAGAAUUAGUUCGUCCGGAAUAUCCGUGCCCAGCUAGACCUAAAAUAUUGCAGUAAACAAGCAGUAUCACGAUGCGCAGUCUAAUUGAUUUAACUGGAAUGUGUCGGAUGUGCGGAGAGAGGCUGGACGAGGACUGCAAAGCUGUGGACAUUUUUGAGACGGGGCCAGAAAACAGCAACUUGACUUACGCCACGUUACUUAAAGACCACUUGAAUCUCCAGCCCACGGAAGAUGACAGAAAGCCCCGGAUAAUUGGAGAAAGGUGUGCUCUCAUUCUGGUGGAGUGGACCGCGUUCAAGAAAAAAAUUCUCGAGACGAAUAAGCACCUGUUAAAAAUGCUUAAAGAGCAAAAUAUGCAGCAGAAUAUGGUCGAGAGCACAACUGAUUCGUCUGAGGAAGAAGAGGAGCAAAGCGGAAUUAAAAGUAGCGAGGAGAAGGUUAAGCUGAAGGAGCGUGUCACGAGGAAGAGACCUGCAACUGAUUGGCAAGCGCCAACAUCUUCAAGGAUGAACUUGAGGAGUCAUAAUAAUUGCAAUUUAAAAGACGAGGCUGGCCCCAGCGGCAUGUGUAGUAGAAAUAAACGAUCUAAAAAGUGAUCUAAAAGAGA